AAGCAUCACCAAAUUUAUUGCACUUCAUCCUCUGGGAGCUAUGAAUGUCUGUACUCUUUCUAAACCUUUAGUAAACGUUGAGAUGUUUCACAAGAUAAGUGAAAACUGGUCGUGUUAGAUGAAAAGUGGGCAAAUAACAAAAGUCAGUAGGAUCCAUCCUCUGAGGAUGUCUGUACCAAAGUAAUGACAAUCCAUCCAAUUCUUGUCCAAACUAAAGGGGAUAAUUAAAGCAAAAAAAAAAAAAAAAGUUGACCGAAUCCUCUGGGGACAAUGAAUGUCUGUACAAACAUACACAGCAAUUGAUGUCAUAUUUGUUGAGAUUUUUCAAUCUGGACAAAUUUGGGACGACACACUAACAAGAAAUAAGUACACACGUAUAUCACACUGCACACUGGAUAUGUUGAUUUACUGUAUACAGUUCUAUUCAAAGAAUGAUGUGGAAUUCCUCGCUGACAAAAAGUAAGCCCAUUUGUUCAAGAUUUAAAAGAGAUACACACCGAAUUAUAUUUGACUGAAUAAGAUAAAAUAGGGAGUGAUGUCUUACAGAUGACAGGAUGAGCUUCAUAACAAUUAAAAGUACUUAAUGAUGUUCCAGUUGCGGUAACAGCCUACAACUGUAUUUCUUACAUUGUAAAUAGAAAAUAAAGUCAGUUUUUGCAUGUCAUUUAUAAACAUUUUAAGUCAGAUAUGCUAUUUUUAGCGUUCAAGCUCCUUUCAUAAUGAGUGCUUGAGAACUUUACAGGUAUGAAAGAACACACAAACCUGUCCAGGCGUCAUUGCUUCCUGAGUGAUACAUUUUCCAUUGAAAUGAUUCAGUGUGUCAUGACAUGUACGUGCACUUCGCUUGCUUGUAGCAUUUCAACACAGAGACUUUUUCAUUGCUAAUCAUUGACACCAUUCAAAUGGGGAUAUUAUUGUUGGAAGAAUCUCCACUUCACCCAUUAACCCAAGAGGACAUCCUUUGCAGUUAAGCAAUACAAAGAGGAGAGAGCGAAAAGCUUUAAAAGAGAUCAACAAGCAUCCACAGAACCUCCCGGUGCUGCUUUCACAUUGUGUGAUCAUAAUACUUUGUAGUGAAAAAAAACUUGGCAGUCUGUUUCACUGAGGUACAACUAUUUAUAUUGUGCCCAAGAUGUUUGUGGAUGAGCGGAUUGUGACUUUGUUCAAAAGGAAUGCCCAUCACACGCUGACUUACUGGAGCGUUUUCUUCAGCUUCGGACUCUGCAUUGCUUUUCUUGGACCUACAAUUUUAGACUUGCAGUGUCAAACAAACUCAACCCUUAGUCAGAUCACCUGGGUGUUCUUCGCCCAGCAGUUCUGCUUGUUGAUUGGCAGCUCUGUUGGUGGCGUUUUCAAGAGAACGUUGUUCAGCGCUUUGGCUGCCUUGUUUGUUUCUGCUCUUAUCAUCUCUGUGAUAUUUGCCAUCAUCCCUGCAUGUAACAAUGUCCUCGUGCUGGCUAUUGCCAUGGCUGUGUCUGGUCUGGCGAUGGGCAUUAUUGACACCAUUGCUAACAUCCAGCUGGUGACCAUCUAUCAGAAGGACUCUGCUGUUUUCUUACAGGCUCUUCAUUUCUUCAUUGGGUUCGGCGCCCUGGUGAGCCCCCUGAUUGCAGAUCCUUUCCUCUCAGAGACAGGCUGUGGGAAUCACACAGGGAACGGGACUGAGAUCAUACAUCAUUUCAGGAACAUGCUGAGAAACAGUCCGAUUGCAGAGCACAAUAUAACUCAGAGCCACUCAUCCCAUGAGGGAGGGGAAGAGGAGUCCAGUGUGCACUACGCCUUCUGGAUCAUGGCACUUAUUAAUCUGCCUGUGCCCAUCGCAGUCCUGUUUCUGAUGUACCGCGAGCAGCUGAUCCCAUGCUGUCCCAGCGGCACUCCACGGCUUUUGGACAAGGAUGAACUAGCGAUGGAGCACCAGCAGGGGGCCGAGGGUCCAGAUGUGGAGCAGAGGGAACAGGAAGCUGGAGGUCAUGGGAGUAUCUUUAGCUGCUGUCAGAAUGAUAACCUGCGCGGGCUGCCAGUAUCCUUCUUUAUGAUUCAUAUCCUCGGGGGGCUGGUGCUCUUUAUGACCGAUGGUAUUGUGGGGGCCUAUGCCGGCUUUGUGUACACCUACGCUGUGGCAUCACCAAUCUCAUUGCCUCACAAGACAGCGGGUUACCUGGCUAGUAUCUUUUGGGCGGCGAUCACUGCUGGACGUCUGUUAUCCAUCCCUCUCUCGUACCGUUUCCAGCCUGUGAGACUGCUCAUGUUCAACCUGGCAGGAGCUAUUGUCACUGUGCUGAUGCUGCUUAUUUUCUACACCAGCAGCAUCUUUCUGUUUGUCGGAACCUGUUUAUGUGGGUUGUUCCUCAGCAGCAUAUUCCCCUGCAUGCUCGCCUAUACUGAAGACAUUCUUGAUUACCAGGGAUGCGCAACCUCAGUCCUGGUGACAAGUGCAGGGAUGGGAGAGAUGGUAAUGCAGGUUCUGGUUGGCUCAAUUAUUCAGUCUAAAGGCAGCUACAGCUUCCUGCUGUGUGGAAUGAUAGUUGCCUGCAUUGGCUUUAUCGUCUUCAUUGGCCUCCUGCUGUUCCAUCGAAUGCACAGAAAUUACCUCACAGGAACAUCGAAAAAGUCAGCCAUGGUGGAAGAACCGGCAGCAGAGCAGCAGAACGGGUCGGCCAUGCCAGAACAGAAAGAGGACAAAGAGAUCAGCUGAGAGGAGCAGCAGCGAUGAUGUGUUCUUUACCGAAUCCUUUAGGAGAUGAAGUUUUACAGCAGUCAUCAAAGACUACCAAAACCUCUCAAAUGAGCAUUGUGCCAAUGUACUAUUAUUGACAUAGUAUUUGUGAAGCAGAUAGCGUGCUAACGUUCGAGAUGAUAGUUCAGCCUCUUAGAUUGUUUUUCUGUUUUGUAAAUCACAGACAGUAUUCAUCAAAUUGUGGAUUCAAGUUCUGUUUGGUAUCAUCGUUUGAUAUUUAAUACAAGAAUUAUGAUUAUACCGAUAGAAUGCUAACACAUUUUAAUUAUCAUUUCUUUCAUGUUUUCUUCUCAUCUUUUGGCAUUUGUACAUUUAAUAUGUGUAAUACAGGAGUUACAGAGGAUAUAGUGUAGAGGAAUUUCAUUCUGAAAUCACAUUUUAUAAUGGCUUGCAAAGAAAGAAAUGUGGAUACACACAAGA